AUGUCUGUCCAAGCUGUGAAGACCACCACCUUCUCCACGCGCUCAUCCAGGGGACCCUCCCAGAGCUUUAGCAGCCGAUCAUUUUCCGGCUAUGGAGGUAAUGCCUGCAACAGAGUGGUCCCCAGGCAAAGCUACGCGGUCAGGAGUUCGUACGGAGGCGGCAUGGCAGGUGGCAUGGGUGGGGCGGCAGGUGUGGGUGGGUUUAAGGUAGCAGGGGGAUACAUAGCAGGGGGUAAAGGGUCUGCAGGUGGAGGGGCAGUAGAGUUUGGUUAUGUGGGAUUCGGAGGUGGCAUGGGAGGGGGGAUGAUGCACGACAUGCAGCCCGCGCCCAUCACGGCGGUCACGGUCAACAAGAGCCUACUCGCGCCCCUCAACCUGGAGAUAGACCCCACCAUCCAAGCGGUCCGCACGCAAGAGAAGGAGCAGAUCAAGACGCUCAACAACCGCUUUGCAACGUUCAUCGAUAAGGUGAGGUUUUUGGAGCAGCAGAACAAAAUGCUGGAGACCAAAUGGAAACUGCUCCAGGAGCAGACCACAACUCGUUCAAACGUGGACUCUAUGUUUGAGGCCUACAUCGCUAACCUGAAGAAGCAGCUGGACGGCCUGGGCCACGAGAAGCACAAGCUAGAAUCCGACCUGAAUCACAUGACCGGGCUCGUCGAGGACUACAAGAACAAGUAUGAGGAGGAAAUCAACAAGCGCAACGACGCAGAGAAUUCUUUCGUCCUGGUUAAGAAGGACACAGACGCAGCCUACAUGGUCAAAGUGGAGUUGGAGGCCAAACUGGACGCCCUGUCAGACGAAAUUGAAUUCCUCCGACAGCUCUAUGAUACCGAACUCAACGAGCUCCAGAGCCAGAUCAAAGACACGUCCGUCAUUGUGGAGAUGGACAACAGUCGUAACCUGGACAUGGACGCCAUCGUGGCUGAAGUCAGAGCUCAGUAUGAAGACAUCGCCAACAGGAGCAGAGCCGAAGCAGAAACAUGGUACCAGACCAAGUAUGCAGAAAUGCAGCAGUCCGUGGGGAAAUACGGAGAUGAUGUGAAAUCCACCAAAGCCGAGAUUGCAAAUAUGAACAGGAGAAUCAUGAGGCUGCAGUCUGAGAUUGAGAUGGCAAAACAACAGAGAGCCAACCUCGAGGCGCAGAUUGCCGAGGCUGAGGAGCGCGGAGAGAUUGCGGUGAAAGACGCCAGACAGAGGAUCCGGGAUUUGGAGGAGGCCCUGCAGAGAGCCAAGCAGGACAUGGCCAACCAGGUCCGACAGUACCAGGAGCUCAUGAACGUCAAACUGGCCCUGGACAUUGAGAUCGCCACCUAUAGGAAGCUGCUGGAAGGAGAGGAGAGCAGGUUGGCUACAGGGAUCAAAACCAGCAUUUCCAAGCAGACAUCUAUGAACUACAACGCCUACGGCCUGGAGAGCUCGCGCACUCCGUCCUACGUGUCCUGUUCCUUUGGAGGAAUGAAGGCGAGUGUGGGCCCCGUCAUUUCUGCUGAGGGUCCCAUCGUGAAGAGCACCGUGACCAAAAGCGAGACGGUGACGGUAAAAAGCGAGGCCUCCGCGGUUGCACAACAGAAAGAGACAGAGCCACAGGAGCAGCUGGAGGUGGAGGUCAAACCCGAGGUUACCCCAGAGGAGAAGAAGGAGCAGGAGCAGGAGAAGGUGGAUGUGGAACCAGCAGCUGAAUAG